ACGAGCGAAGGUGUGCGGAGAAGUUUCGUCGCUGAAUCCGUGAGGGCCUCGCAAGGGGCCGAUUAAAUUAUCGCGACGGCAGAUGUCAGGAUGCCGGAACAAAGUAAUGACUAUAGGGUGGUGGUGUUUGGGGCCGGUGGAGUCGGUAAGAGUUCACUGGUCCUGCGCUUCGUGAGAGGAACCUUUCGAGAAUCUUACGUGCCCACGAUUGAAGACACGUACAGACAGGUGAUAAGCUGCAACAAAAACAUAUGCACCCUUCAAAUUACGGACACAACGGGGUCCCAUCAGUUUCCCGCGAUGCAGCGACUCUCAAUCAGCAAGGGCCACGCCUUCAUCUUGGUCUACUCCGUUUCUUCACGCCAGAGCUUCGAAGAGUUGCGGCCGAUUUGGACUGUUAUACGAGAACUCAAAGGCCAGGACAUCUCGCAAAUACCGAUCAUGCUGGUGGGGAACAAGUGCGACGAGAGUCCAUCGAGGCGCGAAGUGACGCAGAGCGAAGGCCAGGCCGAGGCGACCAACUGGGGCUGCGGCUUCCUCGAGACAUCCGCCAAGACGAAUCAUAACGUUAACGCUUUGUUCCGAGACCUGCUGACUCUCGAGAAGAAUCGCUCGGUUUCCCUGCAACCUGUCCAGAGCAAUAACGCCAUCAGCCUUAAGGAGAAGUGCGCUGUCAUGUGAAUUCCUUGUUCGUCACUUACAUAUUACGCAUACACGUAAUAUUAGACCCCUCCCCCCUUCUCACUC